AUGGCGUCACUAUCCACUCUCGCAGAAGACAUCAUGCACGGCAUAUGCGAAUACCUCACGUUCCGCGAUAUCCUCCAACUUACCCUCACUCAAAAACGCUUCGCAACGUCAUUUGAGCGGAGUCUCCUGCUGCACCGCGAUUUAGCAUCACAUAAAUACAACGCAAUGAUAUGUGCCGUCGUCAAAAAGGAAGUUGACCGGGCCGAGGAACUCUUGGAACUCGGCUACGAAGCAAACUUUGCCUGUUCAGUGUCUGCGGUUGCCUGCCCGGCCGACUUUGACUUCGCAGUCGACAACCUGAUGCUUCAAGCGCCGUCAAACGUUGCCAUCAGAAGGCAGGGCCAGGCUGCGCUCGUGACUGAGCGACUGUAUCGUCCCGAGUGCGAUACGCACAAGAUCUGGAUAAACUACUCCGUCCUCGCUCACGCCAUCUUGGAAGACCAGGUUGAAACUGUCAGACUCCUUCACAAGUACGGCGCAGAUUUGGAGAAGCCGUUGCUGCAGGUCUUUGCGUUCCGUGGCAUGCCGGUGGAUGUUAGUCACCAAAUCAGUGUCCUGCACCUGGCGAGCAGCGGUCCCAUGAUCGAGACACUCUUAGAGCUUGCCCCGAACAUUCCCAUCGACAAGGACAGAUUCUUGCACACAGAACCGUUGCUUCUCUGGCACGUCGAAAGAGGCACAGAUGUCAGAGGCCUCCGCCGACUGUUGGAAGCUGGCGCUCAUGUGGACGGGGCACGUCCGGCGGCACAGCGAAUCGGAUUCUGCCAGUGCGAACAGGAGGAGACCAUGCACGUCUUUCUAGAUCACGAAACACCGCUCGAGGCCGCCAUCUGGAACUUGGACCGGGAUGCCGUUGAGCUUUUGCUAGAACACGGGGCAUCAACGGUAUACAGGUCCAGCGACGAGGGCGAAGUGACUGGUUUACACGAAGCGAUGAGAAUCUUCCUCAUGGAGCACAAGCCGGAGGAUCUAGAGGUCAGCUUGCAGAUAUUUCGCCUCCUUGUCGACCAUGGGUUCGAUGUUAACCGCGAAUACACCGAGUGGGCCGGGUGGACACCUGAGGGUACGCGCCUUCGUGGGCCAACAACAACCAAAGUCAACUUGUUGGUGGACAGCCUCAUCUACUAUACAUCUACCGAGAUGUUCCAGCUUCUCCUCGACGCCGGAGCAGAUCCAUACAACACGACGAGUUUGAGGGCAGGAGACAAGAACUACAACGUCCUGCUCGGUUUUUCAUCCUCACUAGUGAGAUUGUAUCCAACUAAUAUGACCGAGCCCGCAAGGACGUCGUUACAGUGCGCAAAGCUUAAAGCUCUGAUCGCCAAGAGAGCAGAGUCAGACUCCAGCGGAUUCGACCGGAUGUUAUUGUUCAUGACUACCCUAGAACUUUCGCAACCGGCGGAACUCCAUCAGGGGUUCAAAGUUCUUCACAAAGUAUUUGGCUCGUUCGAAGAGGAACUCAGUCUUCUCGCAGACGUUAUGCACCGAGUAAAACAGAUCCCAGGAGUGCUUCACGAGAGCCGGGAGAUGAUUGAGUUUCUCAUCCGCUGCGGAGCCCCCGUCAACCACAUCGACGCCGAUGGGGAGACAGCUUUGCACGUCGCCUAUACGCUCACAAUAGAAAGCCCGUGGCCCGUCGGGGAAACGACCGAUAUCCUGGAGUGGGAUCUUGAUGAGGAGCAGGCAUUCAUGGUGGGCUGGGCUAUUGGAACCAAUAACACCUUCGGCCAAGAAACACUCGAUGGUUUCCUCACCACGAUACUUAGUAAUCCGAAAGAGAAAGAGAAGCGGGUGCGAAACGCGAAUGCAAUUUUUGACGCGUUGAUCCAGGCUGGGGCGGUUCAAGAUAUGACGAAUGAGAAGGGGGAGACGGCAGCGAUGGUGAUGGCUCAACACGGUUGGGUCCAGCUGCCACCGUCGCCUGGUUUCGAUUCAGAGGAUCUCGCCGGGGCCGAAAAUAAGUCGGCUGCGGCGCAGAAGGAUGAUAUCGUGGCCAAUGCCUUUGCCAUUUUCAAGCAGUUUCAGGAACUUGCACUAGCGGAGGCGAGUACCAGUUAG